CAUUAUGACACCCUCACCACCUCUCUACAAACACAUUUCUCUCUUAAUCACUAUUUCAUGCUUAACAGGCCUUUAUUGUUGUGUUAAUGGAGACAAUGAAAGCAACAACAUCCAUGGAAUGUUUGUGUUUGGGAGCUCUCUGGUUGACAAUGGAAACAACAAUUUUCUUGACAACAUGGCUAAGGCAGACUACUUGCCUUAUGGAAUAGACUUCCCUUCUGGACCUUCUGGGAGAUUUACUAAUGGUAAAAAUGUUAUUGACCUUCUUUGUGACCAAAUCAGGUUGCCUUCUUACAUUCCUGCAUUUGCUAAUCCUUCAACUAAGGGAAGGAAGAUUGUUCAUGGUGUCAACUAUGCCUCUGGUGCGUCCGGCAUCCUCGACGACACCGGCUCGAUCGUGGGUAAUGUGACAAGUUUAAGCAAACAAAUUAGGAACUUUGAGGAGGUAACAUUGCCAGACUUGGAAGAACAGCUUGGAAGCAAUAGUAAUAACAUUAGCAGGGAAUCACUACCCAAUAAUUACUUGUUUAUAUUGGGAACCGGAGGGAAUGACUACUCAUUCAACUACUUCAUGAGAAAGAACACCUCCACUGCCAGUCUUCAAGCCUUCACAGAUAAUCUCAUGAAAUCACUGUCCAACCAAAUUCAGAAGUUGUAUAAUUUAGGGGCUCGAAAGUUGGUGUUGAUGUCGAUCAAUCCAAUAGGCUGCAGCCCAAUGGUACUAACUGACCCACCUGGGUGCUUAGAAGGACUCAAUGAGGCUGCUCAGCUCUUCAAUGCUCAGUUGCAGUCACUUGUGGAUGUUUUGAAGCCACAAAUGCCUGGUUCCAAUCUUGUCUUUGUCAAUUCAUAUGAGAUCAUCAGGGAAAUUAUCAGAAAUCCUGCCUCCCGAGGAUUCAAAGAUGCAAGCAAUGCAUGUUGUGAGAUAGGAUCAGUGAGUGAAGGAGGAAGUGGGAUUUUGUGCAAAAGGGGUGGGGAUGCAUGUGAAGAUAGAACAAGUCAUGUAUUCUUUGAUGGUUUGCAUCCAACAGAAGCUGUGAAUGUGGAGAUAGCCGACAAGGCUUAUGCCUCAAACGUCAAAACUGAAGUUUAUCCCAUUAAUGUCCGACAACUUGUUAGUCUCUAGGACUAUAUAUAGCUAAGCAUAGUAUGGCAUUUGCCCUACGUGGUUCUUACUUUGUCAUAUGUUUUUAUGGUGUCGGCUAUAUAUAUGUGUGUAAUAAGACUCUACUCCCUGGCUACUAUGGCUUGUGAAAUGUUUUAGUAGUAAUUAUUAGGUGAAAUGUGUGUUCAAGUUGUUAUCUAUAAGAUGUUUCUUUUAUCAAUCAAACUGAGAUAGCACAGCUGAU